AUGGACCUCAAGGAGAGCCCCAGCGAGGGGAGCUUGCAGCCCUCUAGCAUCCAGAUCUUCGCCAACACCUCCACCCUCCACGGCAUCCGCCACAUCUUCGUCUACGGGCCGCUGACCGUCCGGCGUGUGCUCUGGGCCGUGGCCUUCGUGGGCUCCCUGGGCCUGCUGCUGGUGGAGAGCUCGGAGAGAGUGUCCUACUACUUCUCUUACCAGCACGUCACCAAGGUGGACGAGGUGGUGGCCCAAAGCCUGGUCUUCCCGGCCGUGACCCUCUGCAACCUCAACGGCUUCCGCUUCUCCAGGCUCACCACCAAUGACCUGUACCACGCCGGGGAGCUGCUGGCGUUGCUGGACGUCAACCUGCAGAUCCCCGACCCGCACCUGGCCGACCCCACGGUGCUGGAGGCCCUGCAGCAGAAGGCCAACUUCAAGCACUACAAACCCAAGCAUUUCAGCAUGCUGGAGUUCCUGCACCGCGUGGGCCACGACCUGAAGGAUAUGAUGCUUUACUGCAAGUUCAAGGGGCAGGAGUGUGGCCACCAGGACUUCACCACCGUGAAGUGGAAACAAAACUUACUGACAUCUGAGAGCCAAAGAUUUUGGGGGGAAAUCCACGUUGAUGUUUGUGAAUUCCAAGAGUAUGGGGAUGAGGCUGUGAACAAGCCAGGCACCCAGAUCCUGCUCUAA